AUGGAGAGGAGGAUUAGAAUUUGGAAUUUCUCUGUCCGGAAAACUUGAUCAUCUAAUUCUCUCAGCUGGCUUAUACUUAUCAAAGGUGAUGUGUACGACUUACAUCCAAGAAAGAACAGAGUUGAUCGAAGCCUUACACAAGGAUAGAAAGCUAUCUGACCUUCCCAAGAUUACUCAGCCCACAUUAAUCAUCUGGGGAGAACAUGAUCAGAUAUUCCCCCUCGAAUUGGCACACAGAUUGAAAAGGCAUUUGGGUGAAAAUGCAGAACUUGUGAUUAUAAAGAAAGCAGGACAUGCAAUCAACAUGGAGAAGCCCAAAAAGUUGUACAAACACUUGAAGUCAUUCCUUAUCAAUCCUCUUCCUCUGCCUAGGCAUGAAAAUAAUGGCAAUAGCCACAAGGAAGACUGA